AUGGCGGACCAAUCUUCCAGCUCACCCCUCAAAUCAAUCUGCCAUUGCGGCGCGAUCGAAGUGAUUGUCCCUUAUCAGCCGAAGGAGAUCAAUGAAUGCCAAUGCACUAUCUGUCGUCGCUACGCAGCUGCAUGGAUAUACUACAAACCCGAAGAGGUCACCAUUAACAAGCACAAAGCUGGCGAUGUAAAGAAGUACGUCUGGGGCGAUCGAGACAUCUCCUUCAACUUUUGUGAUAACUGUGGCUGCAUGUGUUUCUGGUAUCCCGAGCGAGACAGCAUAAACGAGAUUGGUGUCAAUAGCCGCAACAUGGAUCCCGAAGAUCUCAGACAUAUAACGCGGAAAAUCAGCUUCGACAUCGUCGGUACGCCGCUUAGGGAUCAGGCUACGGCUCAUCCACAGGACAGGGCGUGUUACUGA